CUUGUUGCGCUUAGUGCUGGCGAUGCUGCGCAACGUAACGUUCGCCAGCGCCCGUUUCACGCUCGUCUAUCGAGCACCCCGUAUGAACCAGAGACAGAGGUAUAUUUUGAAAUUGUUCGCCCCAUUGCUGAUGUAGAGAAAAUGUGUUUGCAGCUGAGCGUCACGUAUACGGAUCCGACCCGUGGGAGCAUGGUGGUUACACGACGUCGCGCCAACGGCCACCUGGAUGUUCGCGUUGUUUACAAUCGUGAAUUCAUUGUGGCAGCAGCGGCCAGUCCGCUUGCAGUGUUACCGCCAGCGAAUUUCCGAGAAAUGGUACUCGAGAUGACCGAUGUUGUUGCCAAAUUUCCAACAAGCUUCUACAACAACAUUCAGCAAAAUGAUGUCGCCAGUUCACACAGUUUCACAAGUUUGAGUCCCGCCAACCCGAAAUAA